CAAAAGAUGCUUCGCUGUUAAUGCUAAACAGAGAGCUCCCAAUUUUCUAUUGUCCCCUUCCUCCCUUCCGUAUUUGUUUAUCUCUCUCCAUUAACAAAUCCGAUGCCCAUAGAGAAAGAGAUAGAUAGAUAGAGAGAGAGGGGGGCUAGAGAGAGAAGGGAGUGUCUGUUGUCUUCUGCUAGAAAUGGUAGAUAAGCAGCAGAGCAGGAGGCAGCAACACCAGCAACAGAUCACAGCAUUAUCAGAUCGACGAAGUCCGAUUUCACAUCCGUUCCUUCUGCGACGGACCGAUUUCUCGACUAUUCGCUCGGCUUUCUGGUCUUCGAACUCAGUGGAGGGAGCCGAAGGAAGAAGCCACGCUCUGAUCUGAUUCCUCUCUUCAAUCCGAUUGCCCGACUGCUCCCUCUAUCCCCGAGGGUCGAGAAAUGGAGGAGCCCGGCAGCCCCCCGCCGCCCCGGAUCCUGCGGAAGCGCGGCGGGCCCGGCCCCGGCCGGCAUCAACACCAGGACCCGUCGGCCGCGGCUUCGGACAGUGGCGGCGACGACCCGACUACGGUGAAGUGCACCGGGAAGCACUGCAGGUCCUGCACCGGCGCUGUAAUAGCGGACUGCGUGGCCCUCUGCUGCUGCCCCUGUGCGGUGGUCAACCUCCUCACGCUGGCCUUCAUCAAGGUCCCGUGGAUGGUGGGGCGGCGGUGCCUGCGGCGGCUGUCGAAGAAGAGGCUGAAGAAGCGCCGCGAGAGGCUGGAAAUGACGACCAAAUGCCGGUGCCAGAGGAGCUGCAGUGACUGCGGGGUUGACUCGCUGAGCGAAGGGAUGAUAGAGUUCACGAUCGGGUUCGGUCUGGAGGAGAUGAUAGGCCGGCAGAGCUUUGGAAGCGGUAGCUGGUUCGAGGCGGAUAAGGGCGGGUGGCUGGAGCUGUACCCGGUCGGGCACUUGAGCUUUGGCCGGGUCUCCUUCACGGGCAUUCAGAUUCAGCCGGCCAAGGUCUAAAUCAAAUUAGCUAUAUCUUGUAAAUCAAAUCAAAUCUCAGCCGUCGGAUUGAUCGUGGGUCCCGCGAUCGACCAUGUUCAUCAGUUCAGGGGAAGUCCAGAAUUGAUAUGGACUGACAUCGUUUCAGGUUCGAUCUCAAAGGGUAGAGUCUAACCGGCAAUGGCGUUGACAGAGAAGGGGGAGGGAAAAUCACAGAAUGUGUCAUAUAAUUGUUUUCCCAUGAAAGAAAAAUUGAUGGGCAACUUGUUGUAUAUCAUUUUACAUGGUUUCAUCUCACUUCAGUCGACUCUCGACUUCGCAUCA